GGAUUCAAAAGAAGAAAUGAUAUCACUAUUGAAGCAGCGGUCUUCGGAAUUCACGCAAGGCCUAGCUGACAACCUUAUAACCUGUGAAGAGUUAUGGAAGCUUAUGCACGAGUCAGAUGAGUAUAUUAUUUUGGUGGAUACUCGAAGCUCUGUAGAAAUGAAUGUCUCAAGGAUUCAGGGGGCAAUCAGCUAUAAUGAGUAUCUUGUUCGAUUAGACAAUGAGAACUUUCCAUUUGUGAAAACGAUUUGUUAUUCAACGAUUGGACACCGUAGUUGCGAGGUAGUUCGGGAGCUACUUAAAAAAGGCGUUAAGGCAUUCUCUCUGGAAGGAGGUCUGAUUGCUUGGUGCGGAUACGAAAAAGGAGAGAUUGUAGACAAAAAUAACAACCCUACACGUCUCGUUCAUGUUUUUGAUCCAGAGUACCGACCACUUUUCAGCUCUAGUUAUGUAUGUGUAUACUAAUACAGUCGGGCUUUGUUUCCAUUUCCAAUGGUACUAAUUCAUUCAUGUUCAAUGUGC